AUGUGUACAAGCUGUUCUCAAUUUGCCGUCGAGAAAGCCAAGCUCCAAGGAACCCCCCGCCUAAAAUCCAAGACCCACCAUGCGUGUGUACCAAGUCGUCCUGCUGGCUGUCGCCAUUCUUCUCGCCGCCACCUCCGCUUCUGCCAACAUCGCAACAUCGCGCCUGCCGAGGGAAACAAUGGCGCUGUCACGCGAUUCCUGCGAGCCGAGAAGAUCAGCAAGGAGGAGAAGAAAGAGUCCGAAGAAGAUGAAGAAGCUGAAGAGGAGGAGCGAGUGCUGCCGGGCACCGAUUUGGCUGCCAAGCUGGCCCCGAAGCUGGAGAAGGCUCUGAGUAACAAGCAGCUAGCCAAAACGACGAUGGACAAGGAGCGCUGGCAGUUCGCAUUGUGGUUCAUUCAGGGAAAGGGCCCGAGCUACGUGGCGGCGAACAUUCUGAAGGUCAACCCCCUCAGCAGCACGGGCAAGGCGGUCGCCAUGUACCACCGCUACGUGCAGUACUUCCAAAAGUACAAGUUUACCGGAAUCCGGUCCCACUUUAACACGAAGUACUAG